AUGGCGUGGCUUGGCACCCCCAAGCAGAUAAAAACUGAUAACGACUCCAAUUUCACCUCCAAACCAGUGCAAGAAUUCGCCUCGAAAUGGGGCAUCACACUAGUACAGGGCCUGAGUGUCAGAGCAGCCCUAGCGCUUGCUCAGUUCAGGAGAAUCCUCCUGGGCAAGGCUUUUGUUAGUGGGCUUUUGCACACUGACAGGAGCCUCGUUUUUUCUACUGGGUUCGCGCAGCCUGCAGACUUGCAGUGCAGUAUCACAAUGAUUGAGCGACUGGCACCUGUCCUUUUCGCCGCAUAUGGCGUUACGUAUGGUGCCUAUUUCCUCACACACUUUGCACGUCACCUGAGGCGUGUAUUCAGAGGUGCUGAUCCUGAGAUGACAGAAGCAAAAGCCAUCUCUCCCCUGGCCCCCGCUGCUCCUGGACAAGAAGCCAAAGAGGAGCAAACUGAGGUGGAUGACCACCAGCCUCCAUCAGUGGUCACACCAGAGCCUGGAUAUUCUGGAGCUGUCCUUCUAGAGAAAGAGCAGGAGCAGAUUGCUUCAACAGAGAUGCCAUGGCAGACUCAGGGAGAGCUGUUCCCAGGCCGAGAGCAGGAAGAGCAGCUCAGGCAGCAGGUGGAAGAGCCACAGGAGAAUGGCCAGAAGAUGAAGGCAGAGCCACAAGCAGAGCUGCCCGAAGCUCAGAGUGACAUCGUGGCAGUGAAGAGGAGGAACAAGGAAGACAUGAGAAGCAUUCAAGAGGAGAAUCUCAAUCAGCAGAGGGGCGAUCAACAAAACCAGGUGAGUGAAAGAGUGGCAGCCACUCCAGUCAUAAGGCGUCCUCUCCCUCCUUGUUUACAGAACAUCAAGGAAUACCUGCAGGCAGAGCUGCAGAAAACUGACGCUAGGAUCAGGGCAUUGGAGAAGAGGCUUGAGGAAGACAUGAAAAUCAUCAGAGAGAAAGCUAAUCCCCUCCCUCAGGCUCUGCAAAAGCAAGUGGCCAUAAAGAAAAUAAAUCUCCAAGGACUGAAGAGGAAGCAAGUAACUGUCAAUGAAAUCAAGGUCAUGAAGUGCUACAGGAGUCCCAAUGUUGUGAAUUAUUUAGACAGCUACCUUCUGGGCGAGGAACUCUGGCUGGUUAUGGAGUACAUGGACGGAGGCACUCUGAGAGAUGUCAUCAAUGAGUCUAACAUCUUUGAAGGCCACAUUGCAGCCAUCAGUCGGGAGUGCCUGCAAGGACUUUAUUUUCUUCAUUCAAACGAUGUGAUCCAUCGAGAUGUGAAGAGCAGAAACAUCCUUCUCAGAACCGACGGUUCUGUCAAGCUGGCUGAUUUUGGCCUCUCUGCUCAGCUCACCCCUGAGCAGAGCAGACGGUGCUCGGUAGUCGGGACUACUUGGUGGAUGGCGCCUGAAGUGGUGAUGCAUCAAACAUAUGGCCCCAAAGUGGAUGUAUGGUCUUUUGGAAUUGUGGGGAUUGAAAUGGUAGAACAAGAACCUCCUUACUGGAGCGAAAGUUCUGGCACGGCUAAACUCAUGAUAGCCAUAAAAAGGACCCCACGGCUGCGGCAGCCCAACCGAUUCUCGCCUUGCCUGCGUCACUUCCUGGGCUGCUGCCUGCAGAGAGACGAGGAGCAGCGCUGGUCGGCCAAGGAGCUCCUGCAGCAUCCAUUUGUACGUUCAGCCAAGCCAGCGUCCAGCCUGGCACUACUCAUCAACUCAGUCAAGAAGAGGAAGUAG